AGACAAGCAAGCAACCAUGAUGACAGUCCGCAGAUCUACUACUAGUAGUACUACCUUUGCUUGGAUCGUAUCCAUCUGCAUGGUGGGGGUCUCUCAUGCACAGUAUAUGAACUGCACCCCUUGCGACAUUCCCUUGAGUGAAGAGGCCGGUGCCAAGGUGAUUGGUGCAAUGAACUGUUCCGAUUGGGAGUACGACGCCAUGCUGGAUUCGAAAGAUUCAGAGAUCUGUCAUCUCAAUCGAGUUGCUGGAGUGGCCUUUUGCGGAUGUGAAGUUCCUGAUCAUGUCACGGAAACGUGCGAUCUGUGUCCCAAUGGCUCCGUCGAUGUUAACCUGGAUCGAGAGCUUCCGGAUGUGCCAGGAGUUACCUGCGCUGACAUUCUAAAUGUUCCUAAAGUGGAUGGCGACCAAUCAUGCUCUCUGCUACAGGCCAAGUACGCCUUUUGGUGUGAUUGUCCCAAAGUCGUUCCUACCUGCACCCUCUGUCCCACUGGUGCAUUUCCUCCCAAACCCGACAAAGGCCUCCCGUUUGAUAGGAAUCUGUACUGCGGAGAUAUUGCCACGGAAUUCCUCGUUUCCACACCCAAACAAUGUCAGGAGCUCAAAUCCGAUAUCCCAGUGGAUUUGGCGUCCUAUUGCGAAUGUCCUGGCACCACACCACCCGAAACUUGUUCGCUGUGUCCCGACGGUUACUUUGUCAAUGAGUACGUGGUCGUGGAGAAUGACCUCACGUGUGCUGAUAUCCACCAAAUUGCUCGAUUCUCCACCAAUGAAACUGUAUGUGAAAUAAUGGAAGAUGUUCAUGGAAAGUGUUGCUCCGUAGACGAGGGAUGGACAGCAGCCGAUGGGAACGAUACCCCUGCAGAAUCAUCCAGCAGCAAUGUCGUACGAUGGUCCAGUGUGUUGCAAAUAAUGAUUCUGGGUAGCAGUCUCAUGCUAUCCCUACGAGUGCUUUGA